AUGACCAACACUGUCUAUCUAAUUACGGGUGCUAGCCGUGGAAUUGGCCGUGGCCUCGUCGAAAAAUUCCUCGCCCGUCCAAAUAUCACCGUUAUCGCGGCUGUUCGUGACCCCGCUGGUGCUUCAUCCCAAUCGCUGCAGUCUCUCUCCAAGGGCGAGUCUUCGCAUCUCAUCACUGUAAAGGUUGAAUCCACCUCUCCAACCGACCCAGAAGCUGCUAUGGAGACCCUGAUCAAUAAACAUGGCAUUGAUCACCUGGAUGUGGUCAUUGCCAACGCCUGUAUCAGCGAGGACUUCUCGACUGUGCAUGAAGUGCCCAUUCCUGUGUUACGCAAACACAUCGAGGUAAACGGUUUUGGCCCCAUAUAUCUCUACCAAGCCAUCUAUCCGCUGCUUAAGAAAAGCGAGAAGCCCACUUUUGUCGGAAUUGGUAGUCCGCUGGGUAGCAUCGGUGGCAUGGAACAGCGCCCAUACUCAUGUGCGGCGUACGGCCCCAGCAAAGCAAUACUUCACUGGAUCGUGCGUAAGAUUCAUUUUGAGAACGAGGAGUUUGUGAGUUUUAUUGCGGAUCCUGGCUUCCCCCAGACUGACAUGGGCAAUGCUGGCGCCAAAGCUGUCGGCCUUGAGAAGGCCUUUCAGACGGUUGAGGAGAGCGUCAGCGGUAUUGUGAAGGCGAUUGACGAAGGAACUCGAGAGUCAGUUGGUGCCCAGCUGCGCAUUUGGGAUGGCUCCCAGUUCCCUUGGUGA